AAUCGUAACUUAUACACGUCCUUUUUGACUCCUUCUCCAUUCUUUGGUCCGGCUCUAACUCAUCUUCCCAAUCCCAACCCUCCAAACAUAAUCCUUGUACUUGUCCCUUUAUAUUAUAAACAAACAAUCACCAUUCAUCCCCUUCAUGUAAACUCCUCAUCAUCAUGAUUUUCAUCAUCUUACUGUUCGGUUUCACUGUUAUAUCCAGCUUCUGGCUAAUCCCACGAGUCUUAUCCCGAACAUCCAUCGGCCACUUUUUACAAAACCGAUGGCGGUUUCUCGAAGAGUGUUUUCACUCACACCAGUUUUACAAAAUCCCUAAAUUCAAUCACCACAUGCAGGAGAAUCAACUUUUUCACAAAAUUCUUACGUAUUUGAAUUCUUUACCUUCUGCUGGUGAUUUGGAUUACGUCAACCUCUUCUCUGCCUACAAUAACCCUAACGAAAUCACUCUCCUCAUCAACAAUGAUCAGAUGUUUCCUGACGUGUUCCUCGGAUCCAGAGUUUACUGGCAGAUGGAUGAAAAUUGCUUCGUUUUGAAGAUCCGACGCAAGGAGAAACGCAGGAUAUUGAGUUCGUAUCUUCAACAUGUUUGUAAAACCGCUGAUGAGAUCGAGCAGAAAAGGAAAGAACUCCGGUUAUAUCUCAACGCCGAGAAGUCACCGGAGAAGAACGGCCGGUGGAUAUCCACUCCGUUCAAACAUCCGGCGACGAUUGACACAGCGAUGAUCGAUUCCGAUCUCAAAAACAAAGUCAAAACCGAUCUGGAAUUGUUUUUGAAAUCGAAAUCGUAUUAUCACCGUCUCGGUCGCGUCUGGAAACGGAGUUAUCUCUUGUACGGACCUUCCGGUACCGGAAAAUCGAGUUUCAUCGCCGGAAUGGCGAAGUUUUUGAGCUAUGACGUCUACGACGUCGAUAUGUCAAAAGUCACUGGCGAUUCUGAUCUAAAACUGUUGCUGUUACAGACUACGAACAAAUCGUUAAUUGUUAUCGAAGAUUUGGAUCGGUUUCUUGCGGAGAAAGAGAAAUCGAAGGCAGUUAGUCUAUCGGGGGUUUUGAAUUUUAUGGACGGGAUCAUCUGUUGCUGCGGUGAAGAACGCGUGAUGGUUUUCACCGUCAGCAACAAAGAUCACGUCGACCCGACGGUAAUGAGACCAGGUAGGAUAGAUUUUCACAUACACUUCCCGUUAUGUGAUUUCUCAUCGUUUAAAAAUCUCGCUAGUAGUCAUUUAGGGAUUAAAGAGCAUAAGCUUUUCCCACAAGUUGAGGAAAUAUUCCAAGCCGGUGCGAGCUUGAGCCCGGCCGAGAUCGGGGAGAUUAUGAUAUCGAACCGCGGUUCGCCCACACGAGCGCUUAAAACAGUAAUUAACGCGUUACAAACAAACAGUGGCAAAACCGGAACGGGUUAUAAACCGGGGCAUGAUUAUUCCGGGUCCGGGUUACCGAGGGCUCCACGGAAUUUAAGUCAUAGUGGGUCGAUUGAUGGGUUGGUUGACCUGCCGUCAAAAUUGAUGCAUAGUGGGUCAACGAGGACUGUAGAUGAGGCAAGUGACCAUUCGGGUGUGUUUUGUAUGGAUGGUUUUCAUACGGGAAAAGAGUUGAAAAACUUGUAUGGGUUGUUGAAAAAUAGGAGUCGUAGGAGGGAAGGAUCGAUGGAUUUGGAUGGGGAUGGGAAGGUUGAGAGGACAAUGUGAUUUUAGUUUCAUUUUAUUUGUAGAUUUAAUUAAUUUUUAUUAUAUUUGUUAACAUGUUUAUAUACAAAGUUGUAGUUAUUCGAUUUGAUAAUAACUUAGCGUCGAACUCAUAGCUUACGAUAUAA